AUGACAGUCGGGUCAAAACCGCCUUCCCGACCGAACUCGAAAACUAAACCGAGAGUUGCUCCCUACGAAUUUACUUCUAGAACUCGGCACAAGGAUGCACCUCCGGCGUCCGACAAAGGAAAUCACACCGGGAAUGAAGGUCAGACAGGUUACUCCACUUUCCCUCGAAUGAUAUCUGCUGGAACUGGUAGCAUCUCGGUCAACGAAAUGCUUAUGACGCCUGCCAACGCUUCACCGAGCCUUCUACGUGAACGCUUCAGACGGGACGGAUACCUGUACAUUCCCCAACUGAUUCCACGAGAGCAAGUAUUUCUAGCACGGAGAACGAUUGUCCAAGACCUGGCCAAGACAGGAUUCCUUGAACCUGGAUGCGAUGUUAUGGACGCGGUUACGAAGAAGAGUGAAAAUACCAAUGCAAGUCCCAGUUUGCUAAACCGUCAGGAUUUGGCGAACAGUGAUUCAGUAAAAGAAGUUCUGGAGCAUUCAGCAUUGUAUCGCAUUUUUGAGAUUCUUCUGUGUGAUGAAGUACAGAAGGUCUUACGACAGGAUAGACAUGACAGGGACUCUGCCUCUAUCCGGCAUCCUACUGAACAGAUCCAAAGCCAUCCGUAUAAGUGGCUGCGAGCUGUAGGUCGAAAUUUAUAUACUGGACCUCAUGUAGACCGUGUCUACUUUCCAUCUUACCCCUUAGUGACGACCGCCUGGAUUCCUCUUGGGGACAUCACAACCGCUCUUGGUUCUCUUGUGGUGGCACCCGGAUCACACCGUUCACCUAAAUUCUCUCGACUCCGCGCUACGUACGGCAAUAGCAGGGUUGGCAAGGACGGUACUCAGAGUGGGUGGAUUGCAGACAACCCAGAGGAAAUUCACGUCAAAUUUGGAAUGGUCCGGGAUGAUAUACAAUGGGUCUCGGCUGAUGUGCAAAUGGGGGACGUGUGCAUUAUCGGCUUAGAUACAUUGCAUAUGUCAUCAAAUAAUGUCGUCCAACCAGCAAGAUGGCGAAUUAGCUGUGAUACAAGAUGGUUUCGACGGGAAUGUGCGAGAUCUGAAAACUGUCUGCCGUGGGCAUCAUAA